AAUAAUGUAAUGUUUUCUUCCUUCUACAUCCAGCCCACCUGCUUCAUUCUCCCACCUUUUACCCUCUCUCCUCUUCUUUCUCCCUUUCUGUCUCAGGACCAGGUUACAAGAGAGGGAGGGUUAUAGCUGAGUGACUUUUUGUUCCUAUGAUAUCCACCUGCUCUUCAUCUGUGUUGUAUUAGAGAGAUUGUCCCAAGCAGGUUUUCUACCAGAGCAAAAAUGGAUCGUCUAGAGAGAAGACUGACGGUAGCUUUCCUCCUCCUCCUGCCUCUUCUGUCCAUAAGCUGUGCUGCACAUCAAAAAACAACAGUCUCCUGGUGUGUGUUGUCUGACGCUGAAGAGCAGAAGUGUCUGGAUUUGGCCGGGAACGCCACAGCUCGGAAUAUUCGAGGAACUUUGGAAUGUGUCCGUGGUGAGGACACCAAAGAUUGUUUAGACAAAAUCAAGGAUGGGAAGGCGGAUGCAGCCUCCAUGUUCGCAGAUGACAUCUACGCUGCCGGCCUCUGCCAUGGCCUGGAGCUCGCUGCAGGAGAGUCCCACAACGGAGAGGAUGGCUAUAGCUACUACGUGGUGGCGAUGGCCCGCCGCUCCUCCUCAGACCUGUCCCUGCUGGAGAUGCAUGAGCGCAGCUCCUGUCACCCCGGCAUCCGCACCACCGUGGGCUGGACGGUUCCCAUCGGAUACCUGGUCAACACCUCGCAGAUCAGCAUUGGGGAGCAGUGUAACUUUCCCAGAGCCGUUGGGAACUUCUUUGGUUACAGCUGUGUGCCGGGUGUUAAGGAUGUGCAGCACGACCCCAAAGGAAACAACCCCAAGAACCUGUGCGAGGCCUGCAUCGGAGACGACAACGACCGACACAUCUGUGCAAACAACCCACGAGAGAGACACUACGGAGAGUCCGGGGCGCUGAGGUGUGUGGCGGAGAACCUUGGCGACGUGGCCUUUGUAAAACACUCAACCAUCUUUGACAAUUUGGACGGUAAGAACCAGGAGUCGUGGGCGCUGGACCUGGAGCAGGAGGACCUGAAGCUGCUGUGCCCUGACGGGACAGAGGCCAAUCUGGACGAAUUUGAGCAUUGCCACCUGGCAGCUGUCCCCGCCAACGCUGUGGUGGUGCGCGUAGAGGACAAAUGUCGCGUCUGGAAGUUCCUGGAACGUUUACAGAAUGCGUUUGGCAAUGCCAACGAAGGGUUCCGCCUGUUCAGCUCAGCGGGGUACGGAAAAUCCAAUGUGCUUUUCGAUGAUGACACCCACCACCUGCAGAGGGUUCUGGGUAGUUACACCUCCUGGCUGGGCCCCACUUACACCACCGUGCUGCAAGCCUUCGAGUGUGAGGGCUUCUGCUGAUGGAGCUGGAGGAAGACAUCCAGCGCCUCAACCUCCCCCUAUUCCUCUGAUUCUUCUUCUUCUGUUCUGCCUUUCCCAGUCUGUCUCGCCAUCUCUUAUCCUCUUUGCUUUGUUUCUUCUCUCUGCAUUUCAACACCCAUUUUCUAUUAUUACGUCCUCCUACAACCUAGUGGAGGACAUUGUUAAGAGAGGAUCAUAUCCUUAGAGAACUCCCCAAAGUGUCCCCAAAAUUAAAUAUAGGUCUUAAAAGGACAUGGAGAAGAAAGGGUGAGAAUAUAAAAACAAUAAAAUAGAACAUGUUAUGUUUAUUAGUGUUGUUGUAGUUGUUUUUGUGUUUGAAGCAUAUUCAAAAGAGAAGAUUUGGGUACAAUUACCCCUUAAUAUAAAAAUGUAAACCCAUAAUAUUCAUUUAAAAAUACAAAAUAACUAAAUGUUCCUACCCUGUGUGUAUGUCAGGGAAUUGUGUCCUUUUUGUUGCAUUAGUCUAAGUGUCAGUACCACCCCUACACCCCCACCCUCCCAACACAGGGUCUCUGGCACUGAACAACUGGGUGCUAUUAAUUUUGAGCUUAGAAGUCUCAGUUACUGUUUGAGUAUAUACUUUUUCCCACAGCCAUUAUUGCCCUAAUUGGCAUUCUGGCAUAUCAUACUGUUCGUGUGUAAGUGAGAAAUAGUGAGUGUGCAUGUAUGUUUAUGUGAGUUGGUAGGAGUGCUGCUUCCCCAUGGCUUGCAUAGUUUAGGACUUUGGAUCACUGCUUUCUGACGGCCGUGCCAGCUCUCAGUGUAUUGUUACACUUUAGGAGAAACUAGAUUAGGGCUUGGGUUGUCUCCAGUGACCCCUGAGUGUUUCUUUUUUUAAGUUUUGAUUAUUUCCUCAUUUGUGACAGUUAAAACUUCCAAAAUGUAGUCUUGAAUACCCACUUUGUCUGUCCUGCUUUAACGCGUAAAGGAAUACGUGGAAUCCUGUUGCUUUUUCCUGCAAUUUAUCAUUUAUAUUUUAAGAUAGCUAAUAUUAGCGAGACGUUUACUAUGAAAGAAGUGACUAACAGGAGUAUGUUUGAGCCUGGUACAACAUGGAGAAAUUAGUCAGUGCAGUGCAAUUGUCAUGAAGAAGAGAAUAACUGAAUUAAUGUACUAUGAAGUAAUGGUGGUUUUCAAAAUAAUCCACUUAUUUGUCUGAUAUGUUUAAGGAAGUGUAAUUAAAGAUUCACGGUUAAAUCACCAGCGUGCUUAAAGCCCCACUUGACCUACAGAAUCAUGUACUGUAAAAUGUAUAACGGACUGUAAUUAUGGGCUUAAGCUGUCGUCUCCAUCUUUAUUAUUUCUCUUGCGUUCUGCACCAGAGCUCGGCAAUAAACUGAUAAAUCGGAUUAAGUUCUCCUCGUCAAACUGUGGUUUCUAACCUCAUUUUACUGGAAGAAAUCCAAUGAGUUAGAACCAAUACAACAGAUACAAAUACAUUUGUAUUUACAGUGUGACUGAGCAAUUACUCUUUUUUUGAAAGAAACUAAUGCUCUAUUCUAAAUAAAACACUGCCAGGUUUCUGUAUGUGUUACAUUUUGGCUCUUGUUGGCAAGAAAACUCCCCAAGUGUGAAGGUGCAAGAUGGAAAACACCUUAGGAAUUGAAAGAAGCGAUAUAUUGCACCUAAUUUGCAAAGGGCGUUCCUGUUGUACUCAUUAAACUCUGGUUUGUACCAAUGGUGCCGUCACAGCUUGAACAUGUAGUGCUGCAAACCUUAUUUUUUCUCCACCAAUUAAAUGAACGAUGAUAAAUAUAA